AUGACUCUAAUAUCAGCUAAAGAAGUUGCUAAACAUAAUACGCGCCAGGAUUGUUGGAUAAUUAUACAUGGAAAAGUAUACGAUGUGACAAAUUUUCUUCCGGAACAUCCUGGUGGCGUGAAAGUGAUCCUUGAUCAGGCUGGUAAGGACGCGACGGCUACCUUCGAUCCGAUCCAUCCACGCGAUAUAAUUAAAAUGCACUUGUCUCCUGAGGCUUGCCUCGGUGAAGUUGACCCAGCUACGAUGGAUAAACCCGCUAAAGUUGCUAAAGUGGUAACUGAGGAGGAAAAGCGGCGUCGUGAAUUGAUCAAAAACAAACCAGCUUUAAGUGAAAUGCUAAAUUUAUUUGAUUUCGAAGCUGUAGCUUCUCAAGUUAUGACUGCUGAAGCAUGGGCAUAUUAUAGCUCUGGCGCAGAUGAUGAAAUCACUCUUCGAGAAAAUCAUAACGCUUUUCAUCGUAUUUGGUUUCGUCCUCGAGUCAUGAGAGAUGUAACUCAUGUAAAUAUGAGUACAAAAAUUCUAGGGCAUUAUUCUUCUUUUCCGUUAUAUAUAACGGCUACUGCAUUGGGCAAACUUGGACAUCCUGAAGGUGAGGUUGUUCUGACUCGAGCCGCAUAUUCACACAAAAUUAUUCAAAUGGUACCUACUCUUUCAUCAUGCUCAAUGGAGGAAGUUGCAAAUGCUUGUGGAAAAGGACAAGUUCUAUUUUUACAAUUAUAUGUGAAUAGGAACAGAGAUAUAACACAGAGAGUUGUUCAAAAUGCUGAGGCGAAAGGUUGCAGAGCACUUUUCAUUACUGUAGAUGCGCCGCAAUUGGGUCGCCGUGAAAAGGAUAUGCGUAUGAAAUUCGUUAACGCGGCACCAGAUGUUCAGGACGAAAAGGAUUUAACUCGUGAUCAGGGUGCUGCACGAGCUAUCUCUUCCUUUAUUGAUACAGGCUUAAAUUGGAAUGAUUUAAAAUGGUUCAGAUCCAUUACAUCUAUGCCUAUUAUUCUCAAAGGCAUCCAGACUCUCGAGGAUGCAGUACUUGCGGUAAAGUACGGAUGUGACGGUAUAGUUAUCUCGAAUCACGGAGGUCGUCAAUUGGAAUUUGCUCGCUCUGGUAUAGAAGUUCUUCCUGAAGUUGUCGAAGGUUUAAAGAAACAAGGUUUAUUUAAUAAGGUCGAAAUAUACGUAGAUGGAGGCAUCCGUCGUGGAACUGACAUUAUUAAAGCAAUUGCUUUAGGAGCAAAAGCUGUUGGAAUUGGAAGACCACUACUUUAUGCCAUGUCUUCAUAUGGACAAGCUGGUGUUGAACGUGCUUUACAAUUAUUAAAAGACGAAGUGGAGAUGGUUAUGCGAUUGUUAGGUGCCAAUACGCUUGCAGAUAUCAGUCCUGACAUGAUCGAUAUCAAAAAUUUAACAACUCAUGUAUAUACACCUAAAGAUUAUUUAUAUUCAAAUGUGUAUGAUAGACUUGCUCCUAGACGAAGCAAGUUAUGA